GAAGCACACGCCAACGAUCCUAAUACUAUUUUUAUUAUUAAUUAUUAUUCAAUCUUAAAUAUUGUUCAUAGCCACACCACAACACAAGACUUCAUCACUUGUUCUGAUUUGCUUCUUCCAUAUCCCAAAAGCUAUGGUUUCUGCUACCAUGCUAUUGUUUUCCACUGAUACCCAUUCUCUCUCUCUCUCUCCCUCUCCCUCUCCAACCAUUCCCAAAUCCUUCACUCGCCUCUGCAAACCCUUCCAUUCAAGUGUUCCCACUUCUUUCCCCUUCCAUUCCACACGACCCACCUUCUUUGUUAGCGCUACUGUCAUAAAGUGGAGAUGUCCAAAGCAAACUCUCCCUCCCAACUGUGAUGCUGGUUUUCAGAAGAAACUCCUGUAUCUGGAAUCCGUUGGUAUUGACUCUUUCUCACUUAUUGAAAAUCAUCCAAUGCUGAUCACUGUCUCCCUUGCUGACAUAAAGUCCACCGUGGAAUACAUCACCUCAAUGGAUUUCAGUGCAAUUGAGUUUCGGCGUAUGGUUGGGAUGUGUCCCGAGAUUCUUACUACACAAGUCUCAGACAUCAUACCUGUCUUUACCUUCCUUCAUCGCGAGGUUCAUGUAAAUUGCUCGGAUAUUAGGCGGGUAAUAAACCGUCGUCCCAGGUUGCUUGUCUGCAGUGUUUGUAAGCAACUUCGUCCUACUCUAUACUUCCUACAAAGCAUUGGCAUAGAAGAGGUAAACAAGCACACGGAUUUGCUAUCAUGUAGUGUUGAAGAAAAGUUCAUGCCUAGGAUUGAUUACUUUGAGAAUAUUGGGUUUUCUCGCCGAGAUGCCACUUCAAUGUUUCGAAGAUUUCCUCAGCUGUUUUGUUAUAGUAUUAAGAAUAAUUUGGAGCCUAAAUACCAUUACUUUGUGGUGGAGAUGGGGAGAGAUUUGAAGGAGCUGAAAGAAUUUCCGCAGUAUUUCUCUUUUAGCUUGGAGAAUAGAAUUAAGCCUAGGCAUAAAAUGUGUGUAGAAAUGGGGGUUUGUUUUCCUCUCCCUGUGCUAUUAAAAGCAAGUGAAUUGAGAUUUCGAAAUCGGUUAGACUUAUGUGUAAAUUCUUCAACACCCUUGAAAACAUCUCCUCUAUGGUGUGCUGGUUGUGAUGUUGAAGUAUAGAAUAACAAUUGCCUUGUAUAUUUAUUUACUUCUGUGAAUUUCUAAAUAGCCAUUAGGUGCUCUUGGCCUUUCAGCAAUGAAAAGUUUGAGUUAAUCAGUCAUGAGCCAUCAAUUCUAACAAGUUGACUAUUGUAUGUAGCUGGAACUUGGAUAU